GUAACCCGGAGUACUGAUAACCUGAAUUUGUCCUUCUGCAGACUAUCAAGGAAAUCCUAGACAAGAGGGUCGAGAAAGUGGUAGUGUCAUCUCGUCUGGUAUCAUCCCCCUGCUGUAUUGUCACCAGCCAGUUUGGAUGGACGGCAAACAUGGAGAGAAUCAUGAAGGCCCAGGCACUGCGUGACAACAGCACUCUGGGAUACAUGGCAGCCAAGAAACACCUUGAGGUGAAUCCCGAUCACUCCAUUGUGGAGACCUUGAGGCAGAAGGUGGAGACUGAUAAGAAUGAUAAGUCUGUGAAAGAUCUUGUCAUGUUGCUGUACGAAACCUCUCUCUUGUCAUCUGGAUUCACCCUGGACGACCCACAGGUUCAUGCCAGCCGCAUCUACCGAAUGAUCAGUCUGGGUCUCGGAAUUGACGAAGAUAUGGAAACUGUUGCUGAAGGAAAUACUGGUGAGGCCAGCGCUGAAGACAUGCCACCACUUGAAGGAGAAGAAGGAGACGAUCCCUCCAAGAUGGAAGAAGUCGAUUAGUCAUUUCAGUCAAGAUAACGGCUUGAAAAAAGGAAUUAAGUCAUUAGUUUGACAAGCUGCGUUCUUUUUGACAGUUGCAUAGUAACCAUUAACAUUUUGCUGAUGCGAAGUGCAUUGCUAUAAGCACAGAAAAACAAUUUCUCGUAGAUACUGAAAUUAUUAAGUACGUGUGAUUUGGCUCAGACUACUUUAUUGGGUAGGUUCACAAUUUUGGGCAACUAAUUGAACUAUUGUUAAGUGAAUAAUAAUUUAAGGGUGCAUGUGCAUGUACUAACAUAAAAAUUGCCCGAGUAUCUAAAAGUAAUUAUGGUUGCUGUUGACCCGUUGACAUCUUGUUUAAAAUUGUCUGUUCUAAUACUCUGAACUUUGUACUUUCUUAUAUGUAACAUACCUACCUGUGUGUGUAGCUGAGAGUAAACUCAACUGGCCAGUAAUUAAUCAUGGUUAAUCCAUCAAGUUAGCAUUGUGUGUAUGUUUGGGACAGGAGGGGGUGGGGGGAAUUGCUCUUUGGAUCUUUGUUUGCUGAGCAAAUCAUUGGGCCCUCCACCAUAAAGAUUUACCAGCAUCUCUUUGGCUACACUCACAGAUCUACUAGUUUCUGUAUUGACCUUUUGCCUGAAAUUGUGACUUAGCUUCUUUCAUGUAGUUCUGCAAGUUAGUUCUUAUUUAUGUUAGCUAUGAGGCAUUUUUGCAUUUUUGCAUUUUUGUCAUGCAAACUAUCAAAUAAAACAAGCCAGUUACAAUUUA